AUGGAACAAGCCUCUCCGUUGUUGCGUCUGCCGCGCGAGCUGCGUGACGAAAUUUUCAAAUACGUCUUCGACAUCUUCGAUCAGGAACGGCUGCAAUUUAGCCGGCAUCACGAUGUGAUGCAGCAGACAGUAACACCGCCAAUCUGCGCACUACCACCAAUCUGCUGUGUAUCGCAACAGCUGUACAUUGAAACGACGCCAUAUCUCAUCAGUCGUGUUACGCCUUUCUCUUCAAGUGUCGCGACAACCUGCUGGCUUCGCAAAUGGCUGGCAACUCUCCCCAACGAACUCGGCUAUCGCUCCAUUCAACACCUAGCAUUCCGCAACUUCCACGGACCUGAGCAGAUCAAAGGCUUUGAACUCAUCGCGCUUUGUACGAAUUUGCGGCACCUGAAUGUCAUGCUUGGCGAUGAGUACUCAGAUCCCGGCACCGUUCCGUCCUUGGCGAUUAGCUCGCUCAGUAGCUCUGUCAACGCAUACGAAAGCCUCGAUAACAUCAUCCUGAUGCACCAGCUUCAUUAUCUAAUCGACAUCCCGAAGCUGGAGCUUCUCGAGUUCGGUUUUCAUGAUUGGGAGCAGCCCGUCAGCUGCGACCGAGCACGUCAGGUCAAGGAAUGGCUUACAGUCAAGUUUCAGAAUAAGGGAAGGGAUGUCAACGUUGUUUGCAAACAAAUGCAAUGGGGGUGGAGAUUGCUCGAUCGAUGA